AGGAAAUGAAAGUUAGGAACAGUACCUGACCAGGGUACUGUUCCUCGGGUUACUCUCCUCUACCAUGGUUACCGCUUCCCGAUCCUUCCCAUCGCAUCUCUUACCAGGGAAGCAGCAACGUGGUGCGAGGCGUGGGUUGCCGAUGGCAGUGACCGAAGGCAUUGUGCACAACCAUCAAACUAUUACUGUUUCUCUCAAAGUUUCCACCACUGUCCCUCAAUUUCCCAAAGAGGAUUCAUCAAAAAACCCUCAAUCUUCCAUUAGAGAUUAUCGCAUGCUGCUACCGGGCCUUACAGGAACAAUGAAGGCAAGUAGUUGCUUGGAAAGGAUAAACAAUAACAAGAAGAGAACGAAGCUUAAUUCCUGCUUAAAUCUAAAAACUACUUGCACAGUGGUUCGGGAAUGGAGAAUCAACGUAUCAAUGGUUAGAUAUCAAUCCACUUUGUAUCUAAAGACGAGGGUUAUUCUCACAUACCUUACGCUAUCUGGUGGUAGUGGAAAGAUAUACAAAGACCGAACUUCCUUAGAUGGAGAAGAAGAAAUUUAUGGAAGCUACAAAGUACCUGUAUGUUGUUUUGGAAAACAUCUUCAAUCUCCUCUUAAGCACUAA